CGUAAACAAAUAUCGCAGACGAAAAAUUCAUCGUCUCUCAUAACUUUUUAUUUUUUCGUUAAUUUUUCGUCCUUUUUGGUUUUAAUUUUUGAAAUUUCCUGCACUUUAAACGAAUUUUUCUCAUUCCAAUCAUGUUAAGUCGACUGUCAUUCCGAAAAUCGCUGAGACUCAGCCAGCAAUUCAUGAGGCAUGUGCAUUCGCCGAGUGUUGUUGCUACGACGAUUGAUAAGAACUCUGACGAAUACAAAGAAAAUUAUGAGCAAAUGUCAAAUCUCGUCGCCAAUUUGCGAAAUGUGACCAAAGAAGUGUUACAAGGCGGAGGUCCCGAAGCCAUCAAACGUCACACUUCGAAGGGAAAACUCCUCGCCCGCGAACGUAUCGACAAAUUACUCGACAAAGACUCGUCGUUUUUAGAGCUUUCACCGCUUGCGGGUCACGAAUUGUACGGAAAUGAAGUUGUUAACUCGGGUGGUUUGGUAACGGGCAUUGGAAGAGUUUCUGGCAUGGAAUGCGUUAUCGUUGCAAAUGACGCAACCGUCAAGGGAGGAACUUAUUACCCGAUCACGGUGAAGAAACAUCUUCGAGCUCAAGAAGUUGCUCGUGAAAAUCGAUUGCCUUGCAUCUAUUUGGUCGAUUCGGGCGGCGCAAAUUUACCACGUCAAGCCGAAGUUUUUCCCGAUAAGGAGCAUUUUGGAAGGAUUUUUUACAAUCAAGCGAACAUGUCAGCUGAAGGCAUCUCCCAAAUCGCCGUCGUAAUGGGAAGUUGCACUGCUGGAGGAGCUUAUGUACCUGCAAUGGCUGACGAAAGCAUCAUCGUGAAACGCCAAGGAACGAUUUUCCUUGCGGGGCCUCCUCUCGUGAAAGCAGCUACGGGCGAAGAAGUGUCUGCCGAAGACUUGGGAGGCGCAGAUUUGCAUUGCAAAACGUCGGGAGUGACAGAUCAUUAUGCCGUCGAUGACGAACAUGCGCUAUAUUUGGCACGACAAAUCGUCAGUAACUUGAACAAUCCAAAGACAAACAAUUAUAACGAAGAUUUAAGUCUCACAAGCAACACAGCAAUCGGUUUUUACGGAAAUCAACACUCAAAAGUCGUUGAAUCGCCCAUUUAUGAUCCCCGAGAGCUCUAUGGCAUUGUUGGAUCGAACUUGACGCGACCAUAUGACGUGCGGGAAGUGAUCGCUCGGGUCUUCGAUGGCAGUAAAUUCACCGAAUUCAAAAAGAUGUAUGGAGAGACGCUCGUUUGUGGUUACGCAAAAUUAUACGGAAAUUUAGUAGGAAUAGUCGGAAACAAUGGAGUUUUGUUUUCAGAAAGUGCUUUGAAAGGCGCUCAUUUCAUCCAAUUAUGCGCUCAAAAGAAAAUUCCUCUAAUUUUCUUGCAAAAUAUCACGGGUUUCAUGGUAGGACGAGAUGCAGAAGCUGGCGGAAUUGCUAAAAACGGCGCGAAAAUGGUGACAGCGGUCGCAACUGCUAAUGUUCCAAAACUGACACUUAUCGUGGGAGGCUCAUAUGGCGCAGGAAAUUACGGAAUGUGCGGAAGAGCUUAUUCUCCGCGAUUUUUGUACAUGUGGCCUAAUUCCAGAAUCAGCGUUAUGGGCGGAUCUCAAGCUGCAAACGUCCUUGCUCAAGUAACAGAAGAGCAAUACAAACGCAAAGGCAAGGAAUUUACCGAAGAACUUCGAAACAAGAUCCGUCAACCGAUCGUUGAACGUUUUGAGCAAGAAGCAUCUCCCUAUUACAGCACCGCUCGCUUAUGGGACGACGGAAUAAUUGAUCCAGUUGACACGCGACGUGUUUUAGGCCUCAGUUUACAGGCUGCGAUGAACAAUUGCGGCGCCGACACGAAAUUCGGUGUCUUCCGCAUGUAAAAUUUUCGAUGUUGCAACCAACAUUCUGCCAUAAAAUGUGCAUUUAUUAGAUUUUAAGGUCAAUUAAGGACGGAAAUGUUGAUAUUUUUGAUACGUACGCAAUAAAAUGGAACGGUGAUAGACUCUAAUUUGGACAAAAACUGGUUUUUACAUGCGAAAAAAGUUGAAUUUUUGGGAAUUUUACGUGAUUUUCAUUGAAACUUGCUUCAAGGUAAGGGAAAAAAACGAAAUUUACAAUAAAAUUCUUUCUUUAUUUCAUCCUCCUUGACGAUG